GACCAUUAAGAUCUGUCCUUGGUUUUGUACCAAUACAUCUAUCCGGAUAUUUUAUCAAGAGUUACUAAAAUAUUUACUCGAGAAUUUCAUUCUUGAGAUCUUUAUAUAUCUGGGAAAUGUGAUAACCAUAGUACCAAAUAAGGAUAAUGUGAGAUUUAUUUAUAUUGGCGUAAUAUUAGAAGCAUUCGAUCAUGAAAGAAUCUUGAUCGUUACCAAAUAG